GAAGGAGAAAAACCAAAGACACAUGGUGUUCUUCUCUGGUCUUGGCUCCAGGCUUAAUGGUGUUAAGAAAACAAAUUACUUGACCAUCUUUCACCGUUCGAAUCACUCGAUUACACCGGCCGCCAUAGACGAACCAUACGUCUCUAUCUCAUCUUCCUCGACUACGUCUCUUUCACCUGAAGACCGAAGCAAAUUCUUAGCGACGCUGUUAUCAAACUGCAACAGCCUCGCUCGUGUCCGUCGUAUCCAUGGUGAUAUUUUCCGUUCUCGCAUCCUCGAUGAAGAUCGGAUCGCUUUCUUAUGGAACAACAUCAUGCGAUCCUACGUACGCCAUGGUUCUCCUCUCGAUGCACUUCAAGUGUACCUCGGUAUGGUGAGAUCAAAUGUUUCGCCGGAUCGAUACAGCCUUCCGAUCGUAAUCAAAGCCGCCGUUCAGAUUCACGACCUUCCGAUGGGAAAGCAGCUUCAUUCCGUCGCCGUGAAGCUAGGGUUCGUCCGAGAUGAGUUCUGCGAGAGUGGGUUCAUAACGUUGUAUUGCAAGGCAGGGAAGCUCAGGGAUGCACGUAACCUGUUCGAUGAAAAUCCUGAGAGAAAGUUAGGAUCUUGGAACGCCAUCAUCGCUGGGCUUAAUCAGGCAGCGCGAGCCAACGAGGCUGUGGAAAUGUUCGUCGAGAUGAAAAGGAACGGAUUUGAGCCGGACGAUUUCACCAUGGUGAGUGUGACGUCAGCUUGCGGAAGCUUAGGUAAUCUGAGCUUGGCUUUUCAGCUGCACAGGUGCGUCCUAGAAGCUAAACCCGAGGAGAAAUCCGACACGAUGAUGAUGAAUUCACUCAUCGACGUGUAUGGAAAAUGUGGUCGCAUGGAUUUAGCGAGCCAAGUGUUCGACGAAAUGCCACACAGAAACGUUGUCUCUUGGACCUCCAUGAUCAUGGGUUAUGCAGCUCACGGGAAAACGUUAGAGGCUUUAGAAUGCUUCCGUGAUAUGAGAGACUCCAGUGUCAGACCAAACGGUGUCACAUUCUUGGGAGUACUCAGUGCUUGCGUCCAUGGAGGUCUUGUGGAGGAAGGGAAAACGUAUUUCGCAAUGAUGAAGUCAGAGUUCGGUUUAGAACCGAGAUUAUCGCACUACGGAUGCAUAGUUGAUCUACUGAGCCGGGAUGGGCAGAUUAAGGAGGCUAAGUUAGUGGUGGAAGGGAUGCCAAUGAAGCCUAGCGUGGUUGUUUGGGGUUGUUUGAUGGGUGGGUGUGAGAAGUUUGGGGAUGUUGAGAUGGCUGAGUGGGUGGCUCAACACAUGAUUGAGCUCGAGCCUUGGAACGAUGGUGUUUAUGUGGUCUUGGCUAAUGUGUAUGCAACCAGAGGGAUGUGGAAAGAUGUUGAGAGAGUUAGGAAGAUGAUGCAGGACAAGAAGCUUGCUAAGAUUCCUGCCUAUAGCUAUGCUUCGACCACGGUUUGAAAAUCCGGUGCUUUUGAAACUUGUCUCUCUCCCUCCAUCUUCAAACAAUGUAACAUCAUAAUUUGGUCUUCUUCUUUUGAUAAAGAAAUUUUAACUAUAA